AUGGCGACGCCACGUACUCGUCGCGGGUUGGUUCCGGCAACGGCCCCGCCUCUGGACGAGAUCUUUGCAGUGAACGGCGCAUACGUGGCCGACACGGACGCGACCAAGGUCAACCUUAGCGUGGGCGUCUAUCGGACCAACGACGGACAGCCAUGGCCGCUGCCGACGAUCGAGGCAGUUGAGCACGAGGGGCAGGCGAAGCCGAGCCCGUUCCGGCACGAGUACCUGACGAUCCAGGGCGACGUGGCCUUUCUGGGCCUGGCGCGGGACCUCGCCUUUGACGUGGAUGAGGAGGACGCGGCGGAGAAGCAGGCGGCCCAGCCGGCCGAUGACGCAGUCCCAGACACGGCCACCCACGUGCGCGAGCAGCCCGGACGGAUCGUCUCGGUGCAGACGGUCUCGGGCACAGGGGCGAACCACAUGGGGGCCAAGUACCUGGCAGCCUACGUGCAGCCGGGCCACGUCUGGCUGCCGGCUCCGACCUGGGCGAACCACUACGCCAUCUGGGAGCUGGAGGGCCUCGAGGCGCGCAUGUACCCGUACUUUGACCCGGUGACGCGUGGUGUCGACUUUGCUGGCAUGCUGCAGGCACUCGAGCAGGCCGACGAGGGCGACGUGGUGCUGCUGCACGCCUGUGCUCACAACCCGACCGGAGCCGAUCCGACGCCGCAGCAGUGGCGCCAGGUGGCCGACCUCUGCGAGCGACGCAAGCUCGUGCCCUUUUUCGACCUCGCGUACCAGGGCUUCGCGUCAGGCGAUGUGGCCACUGACGCCUGGGCUGUCCGUCACUUUUACGGCCGGCCCCAGCUCGAGUUCCUCCUCGCCCAGUCCUUCUCCAAGAACUUCGGCCUUUACGGCCAGCGCGCCGGCGCCCUGCACAUCGUCCUGCGCGCUGAUGCCGACCCUACAGCCCACGGUGUCGUUCUCGCCAACGCCUGCCAGCUCAUCCGCGGCGAGUAUUCCAUGGCUCCGCGCGCCGGCUCCGAUCUCGUCCGCUCCGUCCUCCAGGUGCCUGCUCUGCGCCGCCAGUGGAAGGCCGACCUCGUCACCAUGAGCGGUCGCAUCAAGGCCAUGCGCAAGGCACUCUACGAGGAGCUCGUGCGCUUGGGCACGCCUGGCUCGUGGGUUCACAUCGUCAACCAGAUCGGCAUGUUCUCCUACACAGGUCUCACCGAGGCUCAGGUCGCGGCCGUACGGACAAAGUAUCACGUCUACCUGAUCAGCUCUGGCCGGAUAUCCAUAUCUGGACUCACAACCGAGAAUGUCGCACACGUUGCCAAGGCGUUUGACGAUGUCGUUCGGACGGUGAACUAG